AUGCGCUGGCUCACUCUUGCUUCGGUGGCCUCCGCAGCCUCCAUGGUCUCUGCGGCGCUGUCGUCAUCGUCUACGUCGUCAUCAAAAACAUCGUCGUCUUCUGCGUCUGCGGCACUGGCCCCAUCACUCACUACUUCCCUUACAAACACCUUUAUCACUAUCCCACUAGCUGUGCCCUCCGAUGAUGCCUACUACAACGCCCAAGUCACUGACGGCACUGGCAACCAAAUGGGCGUCCGCGUGGACUUGCUCCAGCCCGAUGUGUGGCUCAUGAAUGGCUUGGAUAUCAUCGAUUGCUCAGUGCUUGUCACAUACUUGAAGGAACACUCAGGCGCAUCCACUGCGCUGUCGAUUUCCUACUCCAAUGAGGAGUGGGCCGCAUCUGUUUGCCAUAUGGCAGGCGCAUAUACUCCGGAGACCGUUAUCACAACCACAGAGGCCUCCACAACUUCAACAUACACUCUGACGAUCAACGUUAACACUGCGGCGCUGACCUCGGUCGGAUACCCCAACGGCAUCUUUGCUGAAGGUGUGAUGUACUACGCUAAUCUCUCGCUUGGUACUACUCUCAACAACAAGGUCGAUUUGACAGAUUUCCGGUUCAUUUUGGCCGACGACUCCAACAUGUAUGCUGGAGGGUUGGGACUCUCCAGACAUCCUGAUAAUCUCGGGUUAUUAGGAACUUUGAAGCAACAGGGCCGUAUUUUGGGCAGCGGCUACUCAUUGUUUCUUUCGGGGUACGAGAAUCUCAAUUCUACGGGCGGUGAAUUGCUUUUGGGUGCGGUCAAUAAGAAGUACUUUACUGGCUCAUUAUACCUGUUCCCAUACAUACCAUAUGAGGGUUGGAACACGCAACUGGGGGCCUUUGCUCCCCUCCCAAUCAUGGCUUUGGAAUCCUUGUUCCUCGAAAACAUCGACACCGGCGAGCAGGUCACUUUAUCAUCUGGUGUGCCGCUCCCCUUGGUUUUAGAUACAAGGCUUAGCUACUCCUUCUUGCCAUUGGACUACAUCAUUGACUUGGCAAUCCAAACAAACGCGUACUACAACUCCGAGUAUAGAAGAUGGAUUGUGCGCUGUCUGGAUAUCACCAGCAGUAACGCCACUAUACACUUUCAAUUCGGUCCCCUCGAUGUCUCCAUUCCUCUUUCUGCAUUGAUCUAUGACGCAUAUUACGGUGAAAGUUUCUUGUACUUCACCAAUGGCGAGCGUGCUUGCUUCUUAAACGUCAUGCCCGACACCUUGUUGGGCUACAGCUCGCUUGGGUUGCCCUUCCUCUCGCACGUGUAUUUGGCCAUGGACAAUGAGGCCGGAAACGUGGCUAUGGCGGCAGGAAAUCCCAACGUGACUGUUAACACACUGAAUUUUGACUUCUCUCAAUCAGCAUCGACGUUUGCAUCAUACUCAGCGUCUCAGGCAGCUAAUGCAACCAAUGCGACUGCCGGAACAACCAUUGCAUACAUCCAAUCUGGAUUCAUUCCAUUUGCGACGUCAGUUAACUACACGUCAGAUAACAGUUACACGAUGACAUUUUUCUCUGCCAAUUCGUCCAAUGCUCAAACCAUUCCUACUAGAUUUACAAUGGCUACCAUUCAAUCAGGCGAAGUAUACCUAACAGGAGGCGACGCAUCAACCGUUAGCGGCCCCAUGGCUAGUGCUAGUGCAGCCAAUGCCCACACGCUGAAGUCAGAAGGCUUGUCAGUCAAGUCAUACUUUGUUUCUCGGGAAGCUAGCAUUAUUCCAUACGUGCUUUUAUUGACAGGCACAGUUAUGGCUUUGAUGAUUGUAUAA